UGGAAGCAAAGUAAAUAACUGAUUCCGACUCAUCAAUCAAACCGAAUAGGUGUGAAUGUUGAAAUCAGAAAAAUUCUUAAUGAUUCCAUAAGUAAACGCAGUAAACGGUAGAUCACCUACUUUUCUAGCUGAACUUCUCUCACUCGCUGCUAUCUCUUUCAAAUCGUUUCAAAGUCUUCUCUGUCGCCUUCUCUCUAUUGCUGGAAAACCCUGUUCAAUCCUUCUCUCUACUGUACGCUCAAAGGUGCCCAAGUGGGAUUCAGUAGUGGGUGUUUUGAAAGCAUCUGCUAGUGUACAUAACUUGUUUGGGAAAAUGCCUCAAACAAUGACAUAAUCAGAUUUGUAUGAUGUUGUUUGAUCCAGAACUUUGGUUAGUGCUUGGACUUGCUGGCUACGAACUAUUUUAACUAUAGAAAGUUGUAUACCUAUUUCUACAAGAAUGUAUGAGAAAUAUACAACUUUCUUAGAUUGUUUCUUGGAGUGUUGAAGUUUAGUGGAUUGAUUUGGGCCCUUGAACAGAGGUGUUUAAAACUUUCAUUUCCAACAAGUGGUUGGUGUGUGUAGAAACAUUCCUUGCUAUAAAAUAGUUAGUUGGAGAAAAGAAACAUGGUUAAGUCACUGGAAGCUAUAAAAGGUGGUGGAGGAUCCAUCAGGGUUGGGACCACUGGCACAAUCAUUUCCUUGAUGACAAGGGAAUUGCAAUCCAUGGAUAUAGCAUCUAAAAAACCUUCAUCAUCUUUCGAUAACAAACCUCAAGCUGACCCUGUUACUCCAAGAAGACUUAAACCAAAGAAAUCCUCUGAUGAAGCCACCAGCAGUGGAGUCAUGAACUACAGGAAAAGCCCGGAAUUUUCCAGGAAAACAAAGGGGUAUCCUAAAAAAGCACAUAGAAUCCCUAUGCUUAACUCUGACAAUGUAGUUAUAGAUAGAACUCAUAUAAGAGGGAAACCUGAAAAGAAAGGAUCUAACAUUGUUGAAGUUGUAGACAUAAAGUGUGGAAACACUGAUAGAGCUUGGAAAAGCCCCAUAACAAGCAGGUUGAGGAAGCUAGGCUUCUCAAAGCUCUCAGAGAGCAUUAUCUAAGCCCUCAAAUUUUUCACGUCUGUUUUCAAGUUCGUGUAGCUGAAACCUGAAAUCCCAACUGUCGGCUUUUCUCCCGACACUUCCACCAUAGAACACAUGCUGGGUAGGAGUUUUUUGCCUCCUUUUUUUUUCUUCUUUUGGGUUGAUGAGGCAGAUCCAACUGUUGGUUUCGAAGAAUGACUACUACUAGAAGAAGCUGUAUCUGUAACAUGUGACCGAUGCUUCUCCAACUUACUGUGACUGCUCGGUUCAAGUUGGCCAAAGUAAUCAAUUUCCUUCAUUACUAGCGAACCAACAGUUCCUCUGGUGCCUAUCUCCACAGGAUUGUAGGCAGCCAUUUUCCCAGCAUCAGUUGUGAGAACUGUGUUUGGUUUAUGCAUUUUUUGCUUGUUUGGAUUGGUGCUUGAGGAAAGAAAGAGGCCUUUUUAUUAAGAGAUGUGGUUUUGAGUUUACCGUUGAUGUGGAAGUUGCUUUAAAUUGGGACAUUUUGGUGUGUUGUGUUUCUCUCACAUGAAUUAUUCACCAUUCGUUCUUUAUCUUAAAGUGAACAACUUAAGUCUUUGGCCUUUGUGAAA